AUGGUGGAUUUAGAGAUUCAAAGUCAAACUAAUACAACAUCCGACACUGUUGAAGCCCCAGCUAUCUUCAAGAAAGCCAUUCGACCCGUCACAUUGAAGUUUGAGGACGUGGUUUACAAGAUCAAACCCAAGAAGAGUACCACGAACGAAGAGAGAGUGAUCUUAAACGGUGUCUCGGGCCUUGUUCAACCCGGGGAGAUCCUUGCCAUGCUAGGCCCCUCCGGGAGCGGCAAAACAACUCUCCUAACCGCACUUGGAGGCCGGCUCGGGGGUCGACUAGGCGGAGCCAUAACCUACAACAAUAAAUCAUUCUCAAACGCAAUGAAAAGAAACAUCGGCUUUGUAACCCAAGACGACUUUCUCUACCCCCAUUUGACGGUCACCGAAACCCUAGUCUACACAGCCCUUCUUCGCUUGCCCAACACGCUAUCCAAAGCCGAGAAGACCAUGCAAGCCGAGGCUGUGAUUAUACAACUGGAGUUAACCAAGUGCAAGAACAGUGUCGUUGGGGAUGAGUUCUUGAGGGGUGUUUCAGGUGGGGAGAGAAGAAGGGUUAGCAUAGGCCAAGAAUUACUCGUAAACCCUAGCUUGCUCUUCUUGGAUGAGCCCACAUCCGGGCUCGAUUCGACCACGGCGCAGCGGAUUGUUUCGGCAUUGUGGGAUUUGGCUAGUGGAGGAAGAACUAUUGUGAUGACAAUCCAUCAACCUUCAAGUAGGCUUUUCUACAUGUUUCAUAAGGUGAUGUUGUUAUCGGAAGGGAAUUGUUUGUAUUUCGGAAAAGUAUCGGAGGUCAUGGACUAUUUUUCGGGCAUUGGCUAUGUUCCAUUGGUAGCUAUGAAUCCUGCGGAUUUUCUUUUGGACCUUGCCAAUGGUCUGGCGCCUGAUGGAUCGCAUGAAAACAAGAGCAAGGUGAAGCAGAGCCUGGCCUUGGCCUACAAGCACAACCGUUUAGAUAAUCUGAAAGCUGAGAUUCAAGAAACCAACUCCAGCCAUUUUCAAGAUGGAUCAGAAAACAAGAGCUUCGGGAAAUGGCCCACAACUUGGUGGCAGCAAUUCUCUGUGUUGCUUAGGAGAGGAUUGAAAGAGAGGAGGCAUGAGUCCUUCUCCGGUCUCAAGAUUGGUCAGGUUGUGGCGGUGGCUCUUCUUUCUGGGCUACUAUGGUGGCAGUCAGAUGUUUCCCACUUGCAGGAUCAGACUGGGCUUCUCUUCUUUAUGUCUGGAUUCUGGGGUUUUUUCCCUCUGUUCCAAGCAAUCUUCACCUUCCCCCAAGAGCGCAAGAUGCUUGAAAAGGAGAGAUCUUCAGGAACAUACAGACUCUCCUCCUACUUCAUAUCAAGGAUUGUUGCUGAUCUUCCCAUGGAGCUUGUCCUUCCAGCCGUAUUUGUGACCAUAACAUAUUGGAUGGCAGGGCUGAAACCAACAGCAGGACACUUCUUCCACACCUUGCUUGUUCUGCUACUCAGUGUGUUAGUAGCUCAAGGCAUGGGGCUUGCUCUUGGGGCUCUGGUAAUGGACCAAAAAAAGGCCACUGUUCUUGCAUCAGUCCUCAUGCUGUCAUUUCUUCUAGCUGGAGGUUACUAUGUUCAACAUGUUCCCGCUUUCAUUGGUUGGAUAAAAUACAUCUCCAUCAGCAACUACUCAUACAAGCUCUUGCUGGGAUCUCUGUACAGUAAAUCUGACACUUACCCAUGUGAUAGUGGGGUUUGCUUGGUUAGAGAAUUCCCAAAUAUAAAACAUGUUGGGCUUGAUGGCCAAAUAAGUGGUGCUGUUGCUUUGGCGACAAUGCUUGUGGGCUAUAGGCUAAUUGGGUAUUUGGCUCUCAUGAGGAUUGGAGUCACAAAGAAAAAGUAUGCUUAG